ACGAUGCAGGCUACGAAUAACGGGCCGGGAGAGGUCCCAUGUGGCGCCAGGAGGGUGCGGUUGACUACGCCCCACCCAUGGAACCUGUGGCGUCGCCCGACCCCAGGUCGUACGGUAUCGAACGACAAGUCAUUGAGCCUGUUGUCCAAUAUGUCCAGAAAAUCAAACAACACUGCGAUCCAGAUACGUAUCGACAAUUGGACAUUCUCCCCCGUUAUCACCGCAGGUCCUAGCAAUAGACGCGCUGCACAUCUUGAGACAACGUAACUCCACGUGCGCCUAUGUUCCGUUGCCCAAAUCGGUAUACGAUUGAUUCGAUGAGGUAGAGGUUUUACGCCAAAUCGCAAAACUCUUCAAAGACGCAUCUGACUCCAUUUUCGUGUGUUCAUGCCAGACAGAAGGCAACAGUUGAUGGACGACGGCCCAUGGCCUGGAACCCCUUUAGAUGGGGAUGAGAUAUUGUCGCAAAUUCGCCGAGCCCAGCGCUACAUUCCACCUUAUCAUCCUUUCCAAUGGCCGUUGCAUUUGACAGCCCUUCUGGAUGACCCGCAUCAACCCUUGCAACACAGUUCCAGCUCUCAUGGUCCGCAAACAUGGCACUGUGGCCGUUUAUUUUAUCGUUCAAUCAGUACAACCGUGUACAUGAUAUCAACCGCACAACACCAAACUCAGGAAAACCCCAUAACGGCCUUUCUUGAUGACCCGUAUCAACCCUUGCAACAUCGUUCCAGCUCCCAUGGUCCGCAAACAUGGCUCUGCGGCCGUUUAUCCUAUCGUUCGAUUAGUACAACCGUGUAUAUGAUAUAACACCAAACUC